CCAUCCCGCUGUCCCCUCGCUGUCCCCCGCUCCAUCCCUCUCCAUCCUUCUCCUCUCCUCUGCCCCCCGCUGUCCCCUCGCUCCAUCCCGCUGUCCCCCCGCUCCAUCCCGCUGUCCCCCCGCUCCAUCCCGCUGUCCCCCCGCUCCAUCCCGCUGUCCCCCCGCUCCAUCCCGCUGUCCCCGCCGCCCGUGCCAUGCUGUCCCCGCUGCCCCCCACGCCGCUGCUGGCGGCGGAGCGCUGCCCGGUGCUGCUGUCGUGCGCGCUGUCCUGCGCGGGCUCGGCGCUGCUGCUCUGCACCCAGGCGCGCUGGCCGGAGCUGCGGACGCGGCCGCGGCAGCUGCUGCUGCACCUGAGCCUGGCCGACCUGCUCUCGGCCCUCUCCUACUUCUACGGCGUGCUGCGGGACUUCGAGGGCACCUCGUGGGACUGCGUCCUGCAGGGCGCCCUGUCCACCUUCGCCAACACCAGCUCCUUCUUCUGGACCAUGGCCAUCGCCCUCUACCUGUACCUGAGCAUCGUCAGGGGCUCCCCCGCGGGCCAGGGCUUGCUCUGGGGCUUCCACGCCGUGAGCUGGGGUGUCCCCCUGGCCAUCACGGUGGCUGCUGUGGCUCUGAGGAAGAUUGGCUACGACGCCUCCAACGUCUCUGUGGGCUGGUGCUGGGUCAACCUGGAGGCUGAGGAUCGGCUCCUGUGGAUGCUGCUGACAGGAAAGCUCUGGGAGAUCCUGGCCUAUGUCACCCUGCCAGUGCUCUACAUCCUCAUCAGGAAGCACAUUAACAGAGCUCACGCCGCCCUCUCCGAGUACCGCCCCAUCCUGCCCGCAGCCCCGGCCCUGCGGCCCCGCACCAGCCUGGCGGACAAGAAGCUGAUCCUCAUCCCCCUCAUCUUCAUCUUCCUCCGCAUCUGGAGCACGGUGCGCUUCGUGCUGACCCUGUGCGACUCCCCUGCCGUGCAGAACCCCGUCCUGGUCGUGCUGCACGGGAUCGGGAACACGUUCCAAGGAGGAGCCAACUGCAUCCUGUUCGUGCUGUGCACACGGGCGGUGCGGGCGCGGCUGCUGGCCCUGCUCUGCUGCGGCCACUGUGCAGAGCUGGCCCGGCCUGGCCAGGGCCCCCCCAGCCCCUGGCAGCGCCCCCAGACCCACGGGGCCAAGGACAGGGACAAGGACAUGGACAAGGACGUGCCCGGCCCCGGACAGACGAAGCCGCUGCUCCCCAGCACCUGAGCUGGCCCUGGCUGCUGCUGAUUCCUCCUCUCAUGGUCAGGGGGCUGGCACAGCCCCACAGAGGGAGCUGCAGCCCGAGGAAAGCGGCGCUGGAGAGGCGGAGCCCCGCGCAGGCUGUGUCAGGAUGCUCUGGAACGCUCCCGUCUGCCUCCCCUCCUUCCCUCACCUCCUCUGAACCCUUGGCUGGGGUCUCGCUUUUCUGCCUGCCCAGCCCAUGUGUGGUGAGUUCCGAGAGAAGAAAGCCGGGCCAGGAAGGCUCCAGGAGCUGCUGGAAGGACUGUCCUGGGCAUGGCUCUCCGUCGGGGCAGAGCCCUCCGGGAGCUCCAGCCCGGCUCUGCUCUUCGCUUGAACUGGGACAGAACAAUGUUCCUUUCGUGGUGCUGCUGGAUGGUGCCUCUGGCUGUGGAUCCCUCCUGCCUGGUGUUUGGGGGCUGUCCGAGGGAAUCAGAGCCCUGCAGGCUCCCCAGGGAUGUGGGAUGUGCCCAGGCUCCAGCAGGGACAGCCCUGCCCGCAGCAGGACGCUGCCUGCCUCGGAGCUCCUGGGCUUUGUCUGUGCCUUGGGACCGCUGGCUCACGCUGGGGAGGGGCUGGGGCUUUGUGUGCCAUUUGCAGAUAAUGUUUUACCUCAUUCACAGCUCCUCACUUGCGGUUUUAAAGUAUUUUCUCCAACUUUUACAAAAUAAAGUUCAGUUUCUUUACCAGGA